UCAAUAUAUAAGCGUUACGUCCCCAACUGAGGCGGUGCGGUGCAGUUUGGGCGCUGCCCCUCCGAAAUCUAUCCAUCUUUCUCUUUCUCUCUCCUCCCAAUCAUCGUCGUCUUCGUCGGUCUCACCGUUCGGAUCUCCGACCAUUUACCUCUCUAUAUCCUUCCCUCUCCUCUUCCCUUAUUCCUCAUCAGGGAAAAAAAUUGCCAAAAAAAUUGAAAAAAGAAAAAAAAGAAAAAUCAGAUUUUUUUUCCAGCGAAAACCCUUCACUAUUUUGCUACCGGGAGAGAGAUAUUAGUUCGAAAUCAUCUCUCCUGUUCUCUACGGCAUUUCGUCGAGCAACUGGUGUGGCUUUCUUUUUUAUUUCAGCGUAGAGGCAAAGCAGAGAGUUUUAUCAAUAACAAGAGGAGAGGGAAGAAAAAAGAAAAGAAAAAAAAAGCAAAAAAUUUAGAAAAGGAGUGCAAAAAAAGAGAGUCGGGGUUUAGGAUCGUAAGGGUUUUCUUUGUUGGAGAUGGCGCAGGUUCAAGUUCAGCCUCAGGCUCCUCUCUCUGGCCCCAAUGCAGCGGGCAACACUGGGACGAAUCCGUAUGUGUCUACUUCUCUGUAUGUGGGAGACCUUGAGUUUAAUGUGUCGGACUCUCAGCUUUACGAUCUGUUCAGCCAGCUUGGUCAGGUCGUGUCGGUUCGCGUUUGCAGGGAUUUGAGCACUCGGCGGUCCCUUGGUUAUGCUUAUGUUAACUACAGCAACACCCAAGAUGCUGCAAGGGCAUUGGAUGUUCUUAACUUUACUCCUCUUAAUGGGAAGCCCAUUCGCAUUAUGUAUUCUCACCGCGACCCUAGUAUCCGUAAAAGUGGGACUGCUAAUAUAUUCAUUAAGAAUCUGGACAAGGCAAUUGAUAACAAGGCACUGCAGGAUACAUUUUCUGUGUUUGGAAACAUUUUGUCUUGCAAGAUAGCAAUAGAUCCUUCUGGCCAGUCGAAAGGCUAUGGAUUUGUUCAGUUUGAUAGUGAGGAAUCAGCCCAGAAUGCUAUAGACAAACUUAAUGGCAUGCUGAUGAAUGAUAAACAAGUUUAUGUUGGACCCUUUCUUCGUAAGCAGGAGAGAGACUCCACAAUGAACAAAACAAAGUUCAAUAAUGUUUAUGUAAAGAAUCUCUCAGAGUCAACAACUGAAGAUGAUCUGAAGAAAUUUUUUGGUGAAUAUGGAGCAAUUACUAGUGUAGUGGUAAUGAGAGAUGCAGAUGGAAAAUCUAAAUGUUUCGGAUUUGUCAACUUUGAGAAUACAGAUGAUGCUGCUCAAGCUGUUGAGGGUCUUAAUGGAAAGAAAUUUGAUGAGAAGGAAUGGUAUGUUGGAAAAGCACAGAAAAAAUAUGAAAGAGAACAGGAACUAAAAGGACGUUUUGAUCAAACUAUGAAGGAGGCGGUAGACAAAUAUCAAGGGGUGAACUUAUAUGUGAAGAAUCUAGAUGAUAGCAUUGGUGAUGAUAAGUUGAAGGAAUUGUUCUCCGAGUUCGGUACAAUUACGUCAUGCAAGGUUAUGCGAGACCCUAAUGGGAUAAGUAGAGGUUCAGGAUUUGUCGCUUUCUCUACUCCCGAAGAAGCAUCACGAGCUCUUGCUGAGAUGAAUGGCAAAAUGAUUGUAAGCAAACCUCUUUAUGUUGCACUUGCACAGAGGAAGGAAGAUAGAAGAGCAAGGUUGCAGGCACAAUUUUCUCAAAUGCGGCCCGUUCCGAUGCCACCUUCUGUAACUCCUCGUGUGCCAAUGUAUCCUCCUGGUGGUCCUGGUAUUGGCCAACAAAUAUUUUAUGGUCAGGCCCCCCCUGCUCUCAUUCCUCCUCAG